UCGACUUAGCACCGUAAUCACGUCUUGUACUAUCAGUAGUUCUUCACGCGAACCUUUCGACGAUGGCCAGCGCAGAGGGCGGCGCAUAUAGUUAUUCCCUUACCGUCUUCUCACCGAGCGGGAAGUUGGUGCAGAUCGAACAUGCCCUGGCUACUGUGUCGCAGGGUACCACAAGCCUUGGAAUCAAAGCAUCCAACGGGAUUGUUAUUGCCACGGAGAAGAAAUCUUCGUCCAUACUUAUAGACGAUUCCAUGAUCGAGAAGGUGGCGGUGGUAUGCCCGAACAUUGGAAUCGUAUACUCUGGCAUGGGUCCCGAUUUUCGUGUAUUAAUUGCUCGUGCACGAAAAAGCGCUCAGGCAUAUUGGAAGGUGUAUGGUGAAUAUCCGCCCACGAAAGUUUUGACGCAGGAAAUAGCCACGGUUAUGCAGCAAGCCACGCAGUCUGGUGGCGUGCGUCCAUUCGGCGUGUCAUUACUUGUCGCGGGAUGGGACAUCCAUCGCGGUCCUAGUCUAUACCAAGUUGAUCCAUCAGGAUCUUUCUGGGCGUGGAAGGCAAGUGCCAUAGGUAAAAAUAUGGUAAAUGCGAAGACGUUCUUGGAAAAGCGAUACAAUGAUGAUAUCAGCUUGGAGGAUGCAAUCCACACCGCCCUCCUCACGUUGAAGGAAGGUUUUGAAGGGCAGAUGACCGAGAAGACGAUAGAGAUUGGCGUAGUCACGGUUCCCACCGUGGAAGAACUCCAGGCGGAAACACAUGGUGGAGGGACUGGGCGGCCAAGACCUACUUUCCGUAAGUUGAGUGAAGAGGAAGUCAAAGAUUAUUUGGCGCUGUGAAUAUGAUAUGUAUUUUUACGUGCGUCGUGU